CAACAGCGGCUCCCAGUUGCUCGUACUCGAUCGUCGGGCGUUCUCGUAGCGUGUUUGUUGUAUACUCUGCAGAACAGAGCCGUACCGCUGGCAAAGCCACUCGUCCAUUCUCAUUAUAACUCGCGCGUCGGUCGAUCGUGUGCUGCCGCUAAAUAUAAACACGUGGCUAGCCGUGUAUCGAUCAUAUCCUAACCUCUAAUUCGUUCGUCAACAACACCGUAGCCUGCUGGGAUAACAAAGCAGUAGUAAAUUCAUCAACAGAAGGAUAUUAAUAGAACAAAAAUGGUUCAAGAAUCAAAUGGCGGCUUGCCAGCGCCUCAAGAACUGGAGACGUUCUUGUCUCCAGAAGAAAAGAACAAAGAGAAAAUAGUUAACACUUAUAACAUGACGAAGGAUGCGGAAUUAGGUGACUUUGAUCCCUUCACCGAAAGGAAACUGGACAACCCUACUUCAAACAAUGAUACGCUGACCCAUCUUCUAAAAGCAUCUCUUGGUACUGGAAUUCUGGCAAUGCCUCUAGCUUUCAAAUGCGUAGGUCUGAUCUCUGGAAUUUUCUUCACAAUUCUCGUUGCUGUUGUCUGCACCCACUGCUCGUACAUACUUAUCAAAUGUGCCCAUGUACUAUACAAAAAAACGAAGAAAACUGCAAUGACUUUCCCGGAAGUAGGCCAAGCUGCACUCGAAAAUGGGCCACAGAGCUUAAGAAAAUUUGCUAACGGUUUCAGAAUCUUCAUUCUUGUGAGUCUGUUCCUGACCUACUUCGGUACGUGCUCAGUGUACACCGUCAUGAUAUCCAAGCACAUAUUAAAGGUCGUGGCCUAUUAUAUGAAUACCCCAGAAAAAGAAGUUGAAAUCAGAAUAUUCAUAAUCGCCCUUUUACUGCCUCUUAUUUUUAUGGCUUGGAUCCGUAACUUGAAGUAUCUUGCUCCAGUUUCGAUGAUCGCCAAUAUAUUCAUGGGACUUGGACUGGGCAUUACUUUUUACUAUCUAGUGGGCACCGGCGACUUGAAAGUAGAUAACAUUAAAAAUAUGCUCAUAAAACCACCAAAUCAGUGGCCGGAUUUCUUCUCGCUUAGUAUCUUCGCUAUGGAAGCCAUCGGCGUAAUGAUGCCACUUGAGAACGCCAUGGAAACGCCCCAAGCUAUGCUCGGCUACUGUGGAGUCCUCAACAAAGGCAUGUCUGGCGUGACCUUCGUAUAUAUUCUUCUGGGAUUCCUCGGUUACCUCCGUUUCGGUGAAAACGUACAAGAUUCUAUCACACUCAAUCUGCAUGACAGUGACAUACCCGCACAAAUUGUCAACGUCUCCAUCGCUAUUGCUGUGUACUGCACUUUUGGCCUGCAAUUCUUCGUGUGCAUUGAAAUCAUGUGGAACAGCCUCAAGGACAAGUUUUCAAAGCGACCAGAUCUCGCUGACUACAUCAUGAGGACUAUAAUGGUAACAGUGUGCGUGCUGCUAGCUGUGGCAGUACCCACUAUUGGUCCAUUUAUGGGCGUUAUUGGCGCAUUCUGCUUCUCUCUUCUAGGCCUUAUCGCUCCCGCCUUCAUUGAAGUUAUCACCUACUGGGAUAUUGGAUUUGGUCCUUGCAAAUACUUAAUCUGGAAGAAUGUCCUCGUUCUUUUCUUCGGCCUUUUCGCGCUCAUAUUUGGUACUAAAGAUGCAGUCAUAAACAUAAUAAACGAAUAUUAGUAGCACCGUCUGUAUAAACGGUAUCGAUAGUAUCAAAUCAAUGUAUCUACUUACAUGUGAUAGAUAUAUCAGAAUUAAGAUCUUAGUUAUUUCUAAUUAUAAAUUUUUUAGAUAAUCUUUUCUAUGAUCUAGUAUAAUUUGGAUUAAAUAAGGACGAUACAAAGUUAAUCGUAAUGGUGCUAUUUAAUGCAUUGUUAUCAACAUUUACUCGGCAUUAUUGUCCCAAAGACGUACAGUUUAUUCUAUAAGAGUUUUUAUUUGCACUGUAUGCGUGUAGUCUGUGUAUGUAAGAGUUGAGGUAACAAUAUUUCGAUUGCAUUCCCGACUGAAAACUUGCAGUGUAUUUGAUGUAUUGAUGUUUAAGGAAAUACGAUAUUCUGUUAACUUGAUCAGCAGUAUUCUAGGUACAAGUUAAAACCUUAAUUCUCACCACCGCCUACCAAUAAGUAUAAAAUGAUGAUCUGGUUAACAGAAUAUAGUCAUUGCCAAACUACCUAUUAUCAAGUGCCUGUGAUCAAGUGCCUGUUACCAUUAAUACAGGUGUAUUUUUGCAUCCAAAUGUACGUUAAAAUUUUAUAAUCAGGGUUAUUGGGGUUAAUAAAUUGCUAGUAUUUAAGGUUCUGAACAACAACAGAUAAAGCAAGUAACAAUUUUGUUGUAGUUAGCUUUCAUUUUAGAUACAUCAUAUUAUAAUGUUUAUACUGGUAUAUACAGUUUGCUAUGAUUAAAGUUCAAAUUCACCGAUAAACUAUAAGUCAUAAGCUUACUACACACACGCCUUAGAAGUAAAUUUGUCUUAUUUUGUAUUCAUAAUAGAGUAAAUUAAUAAGACUGUAAUGUACAAGGAUUAAGCAGAAAAAAUUACUUAAAAACAAAAGAAAUAUAAUCGGAUAGUCCAUUAAUAUUGUUGCCUUUGUACAUUAGAUAUGUGAUAUAAUAACAAUAUAAAUACGGAUUCAACAUGUUUCCAAGAAAUCAUGUACGCACGCGUUAUUAUUGGAUCCGUAUAAAAAAAAAAUAUAACAAAGUAAAAGGUUAUUUGAGCAUGAAUAAAAUAGAAUAGAGCAUUCCCCAGUAUAGUGGUAUGGAAUUUAUUGCUUUCUAAAUAAAAUUAACCCAUUUUUCAGUUUGAUUUUAUUGAAAAUCUUUUUCCAUACUUUAACUUUCGUGUCCAUUAUAAUCAUACGUAUAAAAUAAUGAGAUUAAAUUAUAUUGAGCCGGUAUGCUUUGGUAAGUAAUUAUAAGACAACAUAAAUUAUAUUUGCUACAAUUUUCGCUGCUGCUGACUGAAUAAUAAAAUUAAAAUUGAAUUUUCUUUCCAUUGGUCUCGGCAUCUACAUUAUAAUGUUCUUUUCAAUCACUGAGAUCAUAGCAGAACAUUAGAAAGUUCCAGAAGCUUUCACAGCUAAAUAUAUUAGCUGAAAAAUUCUUAGGUGAUUAAGUUUUUAUCUCCUGUUUGUAAUUAGAUAUUUGGCAUUGGUUUUGGGCAAAUUAUUUGCUUGUAAAUCCUCAGAGGUAAAGGACGUAGAACGUGAUAAGCAGAACCACAGCGUAUAUUAUUAUAGUUGUUAUCGUUAUUACUACCGUAUUGAAUUCAGACUAAAAGGUUAACGCACAGCAGUUAUAGUAACGUUAAUAAAUAUCGAAUAAAACAGUCGAUAAAUAAUUUUAAUCUUUUAAAAAUUACUCCUUGAUACUUGAUACAGAUUACGAUUAGUGUUAUUAUAAGGGAAUAAAUACCUCAUGAUAAUAUGUUAUCGAAUAUAAUAUAGUGAUCAAUCUUAUUAUGCAAAAACAUAAUUAGAGAAGUUUUAAUUAAUACUUAUGUAGACUAGAGAUAGUUUCCUAUCGUCUGCAUAGCAUUAAAGCGUAUUUUAUUUAGUAUCUUAGGUGUUUAUUACACUUUGUAUUUUAAAACUAACUGGUUUAACUUAACAUUUGAAACUGUUGAUCGAUUUUAUAUCUCUUAUUGUAAAGUUUUGCAAUAUGUCGUUUAGAUGUUUUUUACCUUUUUUAAAUCUAUGAAUAAAUUAUUAAAAUUAUAUAAUAUUGGAUACUGUAAUAAACACUUAGACUAAAAGCAACUACCUAAUUAUGUUUUUACCAACAUUUUAUACUUUACAAACCCAAUACACGAAUAACCGAUACACAAUUCUAUAUUUAGGUUCUCAAAUGUGUCUGCAUUGAUUGUAUGUAUGUAUUUAAUUUAGAAAGCGUUAUUUAAUCGAGCCGAAUAGGUUAUCAGGUUGCAUUUAAUGUUUUUAGAAAUAACAUUUGUAUAUAUUACAUUUGUCUAAAUGGGUUACAUUUAGAUUAUUAUUACUAGGUUAUCAAAAAUAAUAUUUAAAGAGAUAAAUAGACUUGCCAAAAGUAAUAUGAAAUGUGCAUCAUGAAAUCGUAUUAAGUAAAUAUUGUGUACUGCCACCGUAAUGUCUAAAUAAUUUGGGUAAACAGAAAACAAUCGUAGAGGUUGCUACUAAACUGGCGAUAAACAAAGUUAUAACGCCUUAAACAAAUAAAUCUAUUAAAAAAUAAAAAUAUGAAUUCAUGAAAAUUAACAAUGUUCUUUUCUGGCGAUUGAAUAUAUGCAUUGUUCUAUAUUAUGAUGGCAUCUCGUAUCUCUUUGUAUCAUUGACCCCUGUUUAUAGGUCAAUGCUUUGUGUGUAUUUCUAGGACAGGCCUUACACAACUCAUAAUUAUGCAUGCUCAUAAUAUUGAUAGCGUGGGGCCCUCCUAAUAUUUGAUAAUGAUAGGGUUACACUUUGUGAUAAGUACUACAUAUAUAAAAAAAAUAUAUUAUGACAACAUUUUGCAUGUUUCAAGGAAUAACGGCGAAACAUUAGAGGAUAACUAAAUUUUGCAUGAACCUCACUUGUCAACCAACCAGAAAAGUAUAAAACUAAAAGGGGAAUAUACCUUUGCUUGUUGUAAACCGUUUUUGGUGAUAUUUUUUAAUCCCCUGUUGGUUGCUUACUAUCUUGGUCUUAAUGUACGAUUGUUCUACAUAUUUAACAAAUGCAAAUAAAAGUAAUGUGAAUAUGUAUUUGAUAAGACUAUUAGAUUUAAGUAAAUUACUGCAUGCUUACUUUAGUUUUAAAAACAACAAUUUCAAGAUAUCCUCAAUGAAAAUAUAAGAAUUUUAUAUACAAAUAAUAUAUAGGUUCAUGUAAAAAUCUAACUUUCAACUAAUUUUACCGAAAUAUAAUUUCUCUAUUCCAUUUAUUCAUUAUAAAAUAUACUUUUAAUUGAAAUACUUAUUAUUAAUAUUAUGUACUUCGAUACAUUUUAUCAUAAGUUAAAUAAAUAUGAUCAUCACCAAUUUUUCGUUUCGUAACUUUUAUUAAAUGACUAAUUUGCGUAUGUUUGAUGCUUAAGUUUUUUGUCUUCAAAAGACUAAGUACUUAUAUUUAUUUAACGUUUUCAAUUAAAUAUAUUUUAUAAACUGUUUAAUUGGUUAUAUCCUUAAUUAUAUAAACUAAAAAAAUAUAUAAAUUUCAUUAUUUAUCUAAAUUAUUAACUUUUUGGUAUAAUACAGAAACAAAUGUUACAUCCAUAGCUUUUUGUUAUUUAAAUGUAGCUAUGUAGACAUACAUGUGUCUACGUGCAAUGCACUCCAUUUCUAUUUAAAUAGAAUGUUAGUUUAAAAGGAAUUGUUUAUUAAGCUAUUGUUACUAAAUAUAUCAAAGUUCCUAAGUUAUAAAUAUAACAAUACAAUACAAAAA